CGCGAGGAGUCUCACAGAAGUUCUGUGUAAGGAAAAAAGUUAAUUGUCGGUGUGCAAAUUAGUAUCCAAAUCUGUGGCUAUUACAUAACGUUGUGGCAGAGUUCGAAUAAGCAUAGAACACAACAGAAAAAGGGAUAAUACACUACUAGACAUGGAGACGGUUGUUAAACAGGAAGUGAAUGGCUCUCCGAUGCCUCAGCGCCCACAACAGCAGCAGCAGCAGCAGCAACAGCAGCAGCAACAGCAGCAGGCACAGCAGCAACAGCAGCAACAUGGCGGCGGUCCUGGUCCUAUGCCUGGCAAUAAUCAAGGUGUUUCUGAACAGCAUGGUCCCGGAGCUGCCAUUGGCGGUAACAAAAACAUGAACAGAAAUAACCGCAACAACAGCAAAAAUCGAGUCAACAUGCCGAAUCGCAAUCGUGGCCCAGGGGGCAACAUUGGCGGUGGUGGCGGUAUAGGCAAUGUUGGUCCAGGAAACAAUCGUCCUGGCAAUAACGCCGGAAACCCACAGCAACAAGGCGGAGACGAUUGUGGUCCCAAUCAGCAUCCGAACCGCGGUAUGAAUCGUGGCAAUCGUGGUGGCAAUGACAUGGAUAAUAACUUUGGUGAUCGUCGUCGCGGUGGAGAGGGUUAUUUCAUCAACGAAAAGCUUCGUAUGCUUGCCGGUCCGCUGCUUGAAAUUCCGCCAAUCGAGGCACAGGAGGCAAAGUUCUCCGGUCGCAAUCGUCUGUAUGUGGGCAAUUUAACAAACGAUGCAACUGAAGAAGAACUGGUGGAAAUGUUCAAGUCGUACGGCGAAAUCAAUGAGGUUUUCAUGAAUAAGGAGAAGAACUACGCUUUUGUGCGCGUAGACUAUUUGUCGAAUGCGGAGAACGCCAAGCGGGGACUGGAUGGUACCAUGCGUAAAAAUCGUGUGCUGCGCGUGCGAUUCGCUCCAAAUGCGACCGCGAUUCGUGUGAAGAAUCUUACACCGUAUGUGACGAAUGAGUUGCUAUACAAAGCGUUCGAAGUAUUUGGACCGCUGGAGCGAGCGGUCGUGCAGGUGGAUGAACGAGGCAAACCGACCGGAGAGGGUAUUGUUGAAUUUAAAAACAAACCAGGCGCCAUGGCGUCCAUCCGUUACUGUACGGAGAAAUGCUAUUUCCUGACUGCCUCCCUGCGUCCGGUGAUCGUGGAACCAUACACGUAUCAAGAUGAUAAUGACGGCCUGCCGGAAAAGUCUUUGAACAAGAAGCAGAACGAAUUUUUGAAGGCCCGCCAACAAGGCCCGCGGUUUGCCGAGCACGGUUCGUUUGAGUUUGAGUAUGGUCAGCGAUGGAAGCACAUGCACGAGCUGUUUAAACAGAAAGCCGAAUCUCUCAAACGCGAAAUGAUCAUGGAAGAGGAGAAACUAGAAGCCCAGAUGGAGUUCGCUAAAUAUGAACAGGAAACUGAGCAGCUUCGAGAACAGCUACGGCUGCGUGAGAUGGACCGUGAUCGCCAGAAAGCCGAAUGGGAGAUGAAAGAGCGUCAGGCACAAGAGGCCAGGCAACGCAACGACAUUCAAAUGAAAACCGAAAUUGAGGAAAUGACAAACAGAAUUAAACGUUCGGACGAGGAAUUGCAUCGUAGACAAAAGGAAAACAACAUGUUUAUGCAGAACCAGCAGAUGAAUCUCAUCGAGCAACAGCAAAUGAACGACAUGGGCGGAAUGGGUGGUGCCAGCGGAGGAAAUGAUAAUCGUCGUAGCUUCGACAUGAUGAAUCAGCCUGGAAAUGGUAACUUCGGAAAUAUGGAACCAACAGUCAGAGAUUACGAUCACGGUCAAAACCGUCCGUCUCGGUUUGACGAUGGACCACAACCGCAGCAGCAACAGCAACAAAUGCAUCAGCAACAGCAGCAACAACAGCAGCAGCAGCAGCGUGGAAAUAAUUUUGGAGGCAAUCGUAACAAUUGGAUGAAUAAUACGCCCGACCGUCGUAAUAACAAUGACGAUUUCCAAAAUAAGCGAAGACGUUUCUAAGAAGGAAUCAAUGAAGACAAAAACCUUUGAAUGCGGUUUUGAAAGCCCAGCUCCGUUUUCCCAGGUUGUAGGAACACUUCGCCACUGUCUCUUAGGCUGGUUGCUUCAUGAGGUGGAGAUUGGUUUAGGGGCGUGUCUCGAUUGUUUCCAGCAUACCUGGUAUAGUCUUCGACAGAUGUGUUGCAUUCGUUGAAGAAAUUAGCUAAUUAACGCAUGAAAAUGAUACUUUUUUAUCAUAGACGUCACCACCGUUAUCAUAUUGACGCAGUACUUUCCGAAGAAAAGAAGUAAAUGCUCUUUAUAAUUUUAUUUUACGUCCAAGGCACGUAUUCUAGAAAUGAUUAUGGCAUUUUCUUUUGAGUACUUCGAUGUACUGUUUCAUUGCUAUUUAUACCUUUCUGAACACAACUGCGGUCAUUUAUUUCUUCAACCUGUUCUUAACCUUGCAACAUUUGUUUACAUGAAUGUUAGAUGCUUUGCCCUCUUUUGAAUCGAUGUGGGAAAGUACAUAAACUCUAUCAUGUACACUGUUACAUCCUCCUCAAAAGAUGGUUGGAAAACAGGUAUGUGAAAAGCGAGUAAGACACAUAGGGGAGUGUCUGUGAAACAAAUUAGUGACGUAAGAUAAUUCUGCUGUAGGAUUAUGUCUCGCUGGAAAAUUGUCAUUUGUAUGACCAUUUUAAAAUAAUAUCUCAUUAAUAUGAACUAUGCAACAAGAAAAUUAUACACUUGGCAACAACAAGCGAAUAUUUUUACAAGAGAAUCAACAAAUUUAAGUUGCAAAUGGCAAAUGGACAGUCGUUUGGAGGCGCAAAGUCCUUCCAUAUUUAUACAUAUUCAUUCAAUUUGUUCAAACUACCGUAAUAUAAAAACAUGUUAACUACAAACAUCAUGGCAGCGAUUCAUAAAACAUGAAAGUAGUACCAUACAGAAUGGUGUUUUUUGUGUUGGCACGAAUCGCAUACUGUUAAGGAACCUAAUCAACUCCCAUGAAAAUAGGAGAAUUACUACUUGCAAAAAUUUUAAUUAUGCAAAACAUAGCUAUAUACAGAACGUAUGACUAUUGUUUUCCUUAUUUUUUGCAUUAAAUUGUUUAUGAACGAUUAUCUUCAGCGUAUGCACGGUUUUACCGUCAUUGACAAUUACGGGAGAAUAUUAGGCGUAUUUUAAAGGAAAGGAGCAAUUUAAUUUUAAUUGACUACAAAGCUGUAACAAAUGAUCAUUUGGUCUUUCGUAGUUUAUUUCGAUAGUGUGCGGAUUAAAAUAAUCAAUAGUUCUAAAACAAAUUACAU